UCACAUUUACAAUAUGGCGGAGUCCAAAAGGAACGACGUGCUACUUUGCCGACAAGAAUUAAAAAAAAUUAAAGCCGAAUUAGCUAAAGAUAAUUUAACAGAUAAAGAGAUUAAAAAGUUAAAGCAAAAGAGAAGAAAACUGAAAGCCCAACUUGCUGCGGCCAAAUCUCUCAAGAGUGACACUCUGAAUGACGAGGUCCAAAAUGGAGAGGCAGGGGAAGGAAAAGAUGAAGAAGAAGAAGAAAAUGCAGAGGAUAAUGAGGAAGAAGAGCCCAUGACUGUUGACCCCACAUCACAGUCGUCAGAUCCCCCUACAAUAGGAGACACGUCCUUUGCUUCUCUGGAAGAGAAAGUCAGUGAGCUGACAUUGAAAGGUGUUGCAGACAUGGGCUUUACGCACAUGACACCCAUACAGUACAAGUCAAUACCUUACCUGCUGGAAGGGAGAGACCUGAUGGGGGCUGCAAGGACAGGUAGUGGAAAAACUUUGGCCUUUCUGAUUCCUGCUAUAGAACUGAUUUACAAGUGUAACUUCAUGCCUAGAAAUGGCACUGGCGUCAUUGUCAUAUCCCCCACCAGGGAACUCUCCAUGCAGACAUUUGGGGUGCUGAAAGAGCUACUUAAGUACCACCAUCACACGUAUGGCCUGGUCAUUGGAGGUACUAAUCGAGGGGAUGAGGCUAAAAAACUGUCCAAAGGCAUUAAUAUUUUAGUAGCAACACCAGGCAGAUUACUUGACCAUCUCCAGAACACCAAGGACUUCCUGUUCAAAAACCUCCAGUGUCUUAUUAUUGACGAGGCUGAUAGAAUCCUAGACAUGGGCUUUGAGGAGGAGAUGAAGCAGAUUAUACGACUCUUGCCUAAAAAACGUCAGACAAUGUUGUUCUCUGCCACACCAACACGCAAGACAGAAGACCUGGCCAGAAUAUCUCUCAAGAAGGAGCCUCUCUACGUUGGAGUGGAUGACCAGAAGCAGGUCGCCACAGUGGAAGGUCUAGAGCAGGGCUAUGUUCUGUGUGAGCCAGACAAAAGGUUUCUCUUGUUGUUUACAUUCUUGAAGAAGAACAAGAAGAGGAAGAUCAUGGUGUUUCUCUCCUCCUGCAUGGCCGUCAGGUUCUACUCUGAACUGUUAAACUACAUCGACCUGCCAGUCAUGUGUAUACAUGGCAAACAAAAACAAACCAAGAGAACGCAGACGUUCUUCCAGUUCUGUAAUGCUGAAAGUGGCACCUUGCUAUGUACAGAUGUUGCCGCCAGAGGUCUGGAUAUACCACAAGUGGAUUGGAUAGUUCAAUAUGACCCACCUGAUGAUCCCAGGGAAUACAUUCAUCGUGUCGGACGAACUGCACGUGGAGAAGGGAGCAAGGGUAAUGCUCUCCUGUUUCUGAACCCACAGGAAAUAGCGUUUCUGAGAUACUUGAGGAUGGCCAAAGUUCAAGUGAAUGAAUUUCAGUUCCAGUGGAGUAAAGUGUCUAAUAUACAGCCCCAAUUGGAGAAAUUAAUUUCUAAAAACUUCUACCUCCACAAGACAGCCCAGGAAGGCUUUAAAGCCUACAUCCGAGCUUACGCCUCCCACAAACAGAAAGCUAUAUUCGAUGUCUCCAAACUAGACAUCAGCAAAUCUGCUAAAUCAUUUGGGUUUGCUGUGGCACCCUACGUUGAUCUAAGUGUUAUAAAAACCAAGAGUCAAAGCAGAAGUACAUCCCAUGGAGGUGGUUAUAAAAACACCAAACAGCUGAAAAAAUCUCGAAUGUUCAAGAAUGUUGGUAAGAAAUGACCGGAAAGAGAAAACUCUUGGCCCUGAGAUAUUGGAGAUAUUUGUUCUGUGUUGAUUUUAAGGAGACCAGAUAUUUCAUGCAGAAUACAAAUAUUUGUAAAAAUUUAAA